ACAGUCUCCGGGAUCCCCAGGCCUGGAGGGGGGUCUGCGCGCGGCCGGCUGGCUCUGCCUCCCUGUCCGGUCCCGAGCGGGCCUCCCUCGGGCCAGCCCGAUGUGACCGGGCCCAGCAGAGCCUGAGCAAGGAGCGGGUCCGUCGCGGAGCCGGAGGGCGGGAGGAACAUGACAUCGCGGAGAUGGUUUCACCCAAACAUCACUGGCGUGGAGGCCGAAAACCUGCUUUUGACAAGAGGCGUUGAUGGCAGUUUUUUAGCAAGGCCCAGUAAAAGCAACCCUGGAGACUUCACCCUUUCCGUCAGAAGAAAUGGCGCCGUCACCCACAUCAAGAUUCAGAACACUGGUGAUUACUAUGACCUGUACGGAGGAGAGAAGUUUGCCACUUUGGCUGAGUUGGUCCAGUAUUAUAUGGAACAUCACGGGCAAUUAAAAGAGAAGAAUGGAGAUGUUAUUGAGCUUAAAUAUCCUCUGAACUGUGCAGAUCCUACCUCUGAAAGGUGGUUUCAUGGACACCUCUCUGGGAAAGAAGCAGAGAAAUUACUAACGGAGAAAGGAAAACACGGUAGCUUUCUGGUACGAGAGAGCCAGAGUCACCCCGGAGAUUUUGUUCUUUCUGUCCGAACUGGUGACGACAAAGGGGAGAGCAAUGAUGGCAAGUCGAAAGUGACCCACGUCAUGAUCCGCUGUCAGGAACUGAAAUAUGAUGUUGGUGGAGGAGAACGGUUUGAUUCUUUGACAGAUCUUGUGGAGCAUUACAAGAAGAAUCCCAUGGUGGAAACACUGGGCACAGUACUACAACUCAAGCAGCCCCUCAACACAACACGUAUCAAUGCUGCUGAAAUAGAAAGCCGGGUUCGAGAGCUAAGCAAAUUAGCUGAGACCACAGAUAAAGUCAAACAAGGCUUUUGGGAAGAAUUUGAGACACUACAACAGCAGGAGUGCAAACUUCUCUACAGCCGAAAAGAGGGUCAGAGGCAAGAAAAUAAGAACAAAAAUAGAUAUAAAAACAUCCUGCCCUUUGAUCAUACCAGGGUUGUCCUACACGAUGGUGAUCCCAAUGAGCCCGUUUCAGAUUACAUCAAUGCAAAUAUUAUCAUGCCUGAGUUUGAAACCAAAUGCAACAAUUCAAAGCCCAAAAAGAGUUACAUUGCCACGCAAGGCUGCUUGCAAAACACAGUGAAUGACUUUUGGCGGAUGGUAUUUCAAGAGAACUCCCGAGUGAUUGUCAUGACAACGAAAGAAGUGGAGAGAGGAAAGAGUAAAUGUGUCAAAUACUGGCCCGACGAGUAUGCUCUGAAAGAAUAUGGGGUCAUGCGUGUUAGGAACGUCAAAGAAAGUGCUGCUCAUGACUAUACAUUAAGAGAACUUAAACUUUCAAAGGUUGGACAAGCUCUACUCCAGGGGAAUACAGAGAGAACCGUGUGGCAAUACCACUUUCGGACCUGGCCGGACCACGGAGUGCCCAGUGACCCUGGGGGCGUGCUGGACUUCUUGGAGGAGGUCCACCAUAAGCAAGAGAGCAUUAUGGACGCAGGGCCUGUGGUCGUUCACUGCAGUGCUGGAAUCGGCCGGACAGGGACGUUCAUUGUGAUUGAUAUCCUUAUUGACAUCAUCAGAGAGAAAGGUGUCGACUGUGACAUUGAUGUUCCCAAAACCAUUCAGAUGGUGCGGUCUCAGAGGUCAGGGAUGGUCCAGACAGAAGCACAGUAUAGGUUCAUCUAUAUGGCUGUCCAGCAUUACAUCGAAACACUACAGCGCAGGAUUGAAGAAGAACAGAAAAGCAAGAGGAAAGGGCAUGAAUAUACAAAUAUUAAGUAUUCUCUAACGGACCAGACAAGUGGAGAUCAGAGUCCCCUCCCGCCUUGUACCCCAACACCAUCUUGUGCAGAAAUGAGAGAAGAUAAUGCUAGAGUCUAUGAAAAUGUGGGUCUGAUGCAGCAGCAGAAAAGUUUCAGAUGAGAACACCCAGCAAGACUUCAGCACAGACACAGAUGUGGACCUUUACCCUCUCCCUGAAAAGAUCAAGAACAGAUGAAAGAAAGUACAUGCGAAGAAUGAAUUUGAAUUUGGAAGGCUUGUGUUGUGGUUGACUACCUUUGGAUAAGCAAAAUUCAGAACUAUUUAAAGACCACUAUAUUCUAACUCGACAAUACCUGAUUACCAAUUACUCAUUUCCUCAGAUAAGAAGAAAUCAUCUCUACAAUGUAGACAGUGUUAUAUUUUAUAGAAUUUUAUUUUAAAUUGAGGAAGCCGUUAAUUGUGUUCUAUAUUUUAAUGAUGAUGGUGAUUCAAAUUCUACUUAUUGGCAUUUUCUU